ACUCCUCCCAGUGCACCGGAAGUUUUGAACGAAUCGUACGCGGGAAAUCAGUGAACUCCUCAGCCGGACAGCGGAGCAGGAAAAACACCCGGAGACUCGUGAACUGUCGGUGUUGGAUAAAAAACGGAAAUGAAGGUGGUAACGUGUGAGAUCGCGUGGCACAACAAGGAGCCGGUUUACAGUGUGGACUUCCAGCACAGCGCAGAGGGACGAGUUCGACGACUGGCAACAGCCGGAGUGGACACCACCGUCAGACUGUGGCGAGUGGACACGGGCUCAGAUGGGAAAGCAGCUGUGGAGUUACUGUCCAAUCUUGCUCGGCACACCAAGGCUGUCAACGUGGUGCGCUUUAGCCCUAACGGAGAGCUGCUUGCCUCAGGAGGAGAUGAUGCAGCAAUUCUCCUGUGGAAGCUAAAUGACUCUAAGGAGCCUGAUCAGGCACCUGCGUUCCAGGAGGAUGAAGAUGCUCAGCUCAACAAGGAGAGCUGGUCUGUGGUCAAGACUCUGAGGGGACACAUAGAGGAUGUGUACGACAUCUCCUGGACACGGGAUGGAAACUUCAUGGUGUCUGGAUCUGUCGACAACACUGCUAUAAUGUGGGACAUCAACAAAGGACAGAAGCUGUGUAUCUUGAACGACCAUAAGAGCUACGUGCAGGGUGUGACCUGGGAUCCUCUAGGACAAUAUGUUGCCACUCUCAGCUGUGACAGGGUGAUGCGUGUGUACAGCGCACACACCAAGAAGAAGGCUUUCUGUAUCAGUAAAAUGAGCUCUGGACCACUUGCAGAGGGAGAGGUGAAGCCGCACAGAAUCUUCCACGACGACAGCAUGAGGUCAUUCUUUCGACGUCUUUCAUUCACACCAGAUGGUUCUUUCCUGCUCGCUCCAGCUGGCUGUGUGGAGAUUGGGGAAAACAUCAUGAAUACCACCUACAUCUUUUCCAGGAAGAGCCUCAAGAGGCCCAUCGCCCACUUGCCAUGUCCAACCAAGGCUACGCUGGCUGUGCGCUGCUGCCCUGUCUACUUUGAACUGAGAACUAAGAAGGGAGAAGAUGGUUCAGAGCAGCCUCUUCCCAACACAUUCCAGUUGCCUUACCGUAUGGUGUUUGCUGUGGCGUCAGAGGACUCCAUCUUCUUGUAUGACACCCAACAGACCCUUCCUUUCGGCCUGGUGUCUAACAUCCACUACCACACACUCAGUGAUCUUACAUGGUCCCGGGAUGGUUCCUUCCUGGCGGUGUCCUCCACAGAUGGCUACUGCUCCUUCCUGUCCUUUUCUCCUGGGGAGCUGGGCACUCCACUGAAGGAGCCCCCCACAUUAGAGGUCUUUGUCCCAAGCACUGGUGUCGAGAAAAAGAGCAAGAAGUCGUCAGCGGGCAGGACAUCGUCUCCCGUGAGCAGCGCAGCCCCGACUCCCUCUUCCCAAACCACCCAUGGAAAAGAUGCCCCCUCUAUCACCCCCCCAGAGGAGAAGAAGAGCACCCCCAGUACCAAGUCUAAACCUCAGCCACGCAGGAUCACCCUCAACACUCUGGAGGGUUGGGGGAAGCCCAGUAGUCCUAAAACCACAGCUCCUUCAGCACCUCAGACCCCAACAUCAGCAAGCACAAGUGCUCCGUCCACUCCCCAACCACUCAUUGCCCCCCUCACCCCCACCAGCUCCUCCAAAACGCAAUUACGUCUCACUCCCCUCACCCCCUCCACCCCAAAAGUCCUCAACAGUUCUAAUACUGCUGGACCCACUACUCCGAAGGGUACAACCACCCCAAAGGGGCCCACCCCAAGGAGAGUAUCUUUGACUCCCAUUGCAUCCAGAUCUCCAGCUGUCAGCUCCCUCUUCAGAACUCCCUCCUCCACAGAGAAGGCCAAACAUGAACGUCCGUCUCCUCCCACUGAUCCAGUGUGCCAGCCUCCAGAGUCCAAACGACCCAAGACCAGUGACCUCCCGACAAAGUCCAGUGUUGGCCAGGCUUAGUGUUUAACUGGGAAUCGUCUGGUGCUGGAUUUCAUUAAGCAGAGUUCAAAACCACCACUGAGGCUCCCUGCAGAUCUAAUCCCAUCGUGCUGAAGCACUCUCUGGGUUUUGAUCUGUCUCUACUUGAUCUCUACUCUGAGCUUUAACCUCAGAUAAUGAACUGUUAUAAAACAAACUGUGUUGCAAUUAGUAUCCUUGAGUUAAUUAUUUUAGCCUUUUGUGUUUUGAUUAAUGAGCAACUGUUUUAUAUUUGAUUUGUUUGACAUUCAGCUGCUGUUGUAAAAAGGAAAUUUGUCUCACUUCCUGUCAAGAACAUGUAAUUGUGAAACUAAAAUAACUGCACUCCAAAUCUGAAGAAGGGGAAAAAAACAUGUGCUUCAGGGUUUGGUGCUUGUGUUUAAGGUGUCGUUCUGAGUUUGAAUUAUCUGAAUGAACAGUUUAAGUGAGAAGCUCUUGUCAAGCAUUUAAGAGUCAUUUUCUAUUGUCUAAUAAAAGACGUUUCAUAUAGAGUA